AAAAUUCUCAGAGUUAUUUUCCCAGUGUAAAGCAAAAGUGUUAAAAUACAGAGUUAAAACUACACUGAAAACAGUUAGAUUAACUGUUAAGGAGUCAACUUUGUAAGAGAGUUAGUGUCAUUGGCCAGUGUUUGGGACUCAACUCCUACAGUGUUAUGAAACCACGCCUCUCCUAACGUGACCUCAUGGAUUUCAGCCACAUUUCAGCAAGGUGUAGAGACGCCAUCUUUCUUUUCGAUGGAAUCCUAGUAUAUGGUAAGUCACGCUCUGCUUUAUAGUUGUACAAAUAUGUCCAAAUAAUUGUUUCUCUUUCUUUUAACCUACAACUGAAGAUUGAAUAUUGUUAGUUAACUAGGAGUAUGUUAGCGAUGAUGCAGCUAACUGAACUAACUGAUAAAAUGUUAGCUAUCGCUAGCUAGCUAACAACAGGCUAGUUUUGGUUAAACGGAGUAAUAUAAGGCUGCAUUUUAGCGAAUUUGUGAGUAGUCGAUGGUCUUUGUCGGAUAAAAAGGUAUUGGAUCACUAAUAAUCCAGCCCUCUCGUGUAUUUGUAGUCAUAUGUGCCUUUCUCAACUUCGUUUUUUAUUCUGUAGCUGCUAGUGUCUGUGGCAGAUUCAGGAGUCUGAAGUUGCUAACGUUAAAUCUGAUUGACUAACGAAAUUCUUGUAGACAUGGGCAGUCAUUCCAAGACAAAUUAAUGAUCCAAUAGAAGGCAACAUUUUCGAAUUAGGUUUUUUUUAGUUCAUGCCUGCACUAAAAUGCCAACAGAUUGGCAUUCAGUUACGAUAGAAGAAGUAAGUCGACUGCAGUGGCAGUGGAAAGGGGAGGGAAAGGGAGAGAGAUUAUGUGUGUGCACGCGAGUGAAAGGGUGCAAAGCGAACCUUCUGAUUUUAUCGUCAUCGUCAAGUUUGCCGUAUAGAUAGAACUAUAACUUUAUAUGGCUAUUGACAAACCAUGAGUUAUGUUCUAUUUUGCAAGACAGCAUCAGCUCUGUUUUUUUUAAUAAAAUGUGCAGUGAUCUAAAUUUGAGAUCUAAAUUGUUCCUUGGAAUGCUCUGGUCAAUUUCUCCUGUAUUUUCUUAUGUUUGCAGUACUGGAUAAUUAUCUUGACAGUUAUCUUGGUCAUAAUUACCCUAAUAACAACUCUGUCAGUGUUGUGGAUUUUCUUGUGUCAUUCCUAGCUUGGCUUCUUUUCUAGAGAAUGCUUGUGAAAGUAAAGUACAGAGAAAAGCAGAAAUAUGUCAAGGUUACUAACAGUGAUGGGACCUGUGACUACCAGCAGUUCCACCAAGCAGUCGUAGAAAAAUUUGGACUGCCUCCUGACGCUGAGGUCAUUUACAAAGAUUCUUCUGGAACAGAAGUGGACCCGGACAUCUUUUCUGAACUGUUGGAGAAGGGGGAGGAUUUGUUCAAGGUGUAUGUGAAUGAUGAUUUAGAUUUAGAGGAUAUGUCAGUGUCUUCUGAAGCAUCAUACCCCUCAGAUGCCUCCACUGUUAUAUUGGAUGACAGUCCGUGUGAGACUCCAAACAAGAAAAUUAGAAGGGAUGACCAGAGUCAUAGAGAAGCAGUCAAAAAUAUGGUCAAUGAAGUUCUUCAAAGAAAGCCAGGGGGGGAGAAGAUUUUUCAAGAGUACACUAAAACAAAGUCACUGUCAGAUGGAACCAGGAGACAGCUUGUGAAUAUCUUGGUUGCUGACAUGGUGGAGGUGCAUGGACGGAUCCCUUCCCAAGCUGUUCGAGUGAAGUAUGCCCAAGGCAUUGUGGCCUUGUUCCCAUAUCUUGAGGACCCAUUGUCGAAGCAUGGAUAUGAACACUUUUAUGAUGCAGCAUCAGGCUCUGGGUACAUUGCAUGGCGUCUUAAGACUGUACAACGAAGCCUAUCUGAUGGCUCAAGGUCUCGGGUAGCAGUGGAACAAUGCAAUGGUGGUCCAAAGGCUGCAAGAGACUCGGUUUCUACCAUACAACAGUUGACUGAUCGAGAUUGCGAAGAGGCAAUAUCUAUGAUGAAUCAUUCUUCCGAUGAAGCACUGGUUAUGGAGAAAAUGAAGGCCACUUUUGAACACAGACAGAAACUUGUCCGUGAUCCUGACAAGUCAGUAGAUGUUCUGGACACCUUCCCAAGAUUUCUUGACAUACCUGGCCUUAUUGAGCAGGACUUUCUGAUGCUUUUUGGAGAGGAGGCAUCAGGGAAGUUCUUAGCCAGAUGGCCAACGUUUUUCAGACCACACAUCACUGAAGAUGCUAAGGGGCUAGUACCAACUCUACAUGUUGAGGAGCUCCUUAGCUCUGCACAAGGAAAUGAUGGUGGAUGGGACCGUGACAUUGCUUCACUGUGCUUGCUGCUGCAUCUCAUUCCUCCAACAUCUAAGGGCCACAAGAAGUCUGCGAAAAUCAGUGCCCUCCAAGCAGAGGACUACUUGGUGAGGUAUCUGCAGGUUGGUGCAAGCAUUCAAAUCUUCUUGACCAAUCUCGAACCGUCUCAGCCCUUUCUGCUCUGCAUUGGCGAACAGAAGAACAAGAUACAGAAGUUCUACAUCAUCGUGGAUAGCAAGGCAAUUCCAUGCAGAGCACAGACAUCAGUAGCAGCAUUUGACGAGCUGUUCAAAACACACUUUGUUUUUGGAACGUCAUAUAGUGAGGCCCUUGAUGGUUUUUACACUUUCAUACAAACAGCUGUGUACAACAUCGAUGUUGGUAUGGUCAGAGAAAAGCCAAGAGUGAGGGAACUUAGGGCCAGGUUUCUAAAUUUGAAGAAGUAAUAGUACAUAAGUUAUGUUUACUUGUUUUGUUUGCAAAAACGUACAUUCAAAUACAUAUUCAAUUUGCCGCCAUUUAAAGUUUCAUCAUGGCCUAUAUCCAGGAAAAUAUUUGCGUCUUAAUUGUGCAGAGGGUGGAUGCACAUCAGUGUUCGGAACUUACUCUGGCUUUAAAAAGCAUUUAGUUCAGAUUCAUGGAAAUAAAGUUUCUUUCAGUUCCUGUCAAAUAGAUGGUGGGAGAAA